AUGCUGGCAGCUUGUUUUGUUACAAAAAACCUUCCCACAGCUGCAGAACUUCUGAACCAUGCAUUUCUCCAUAAAACUUGUUCUACUAAAUCUUUCAUUACCAUUCUUGAUGUCCUUUCUCCUCUUGGUGAGAGGCAUCGACACAUUGUCUUCUUGAAGAGUGAGUAUAUGCGAGGAAUCUGUAGUUGGAAUGUCGAUCUCAAGUCUUUAAAGCGGCUGGAGAAACAUGAUACACUCGACCCAAAAUCGGAUCGACCCACGAACAAUUGCCCCAUAGUCAAUGGCUCUCCUUCGUCUCCUUCCUCUUUCAAACGAAAAGUCUCGACCUUGUUGCCGAUCUGCGUGGCUCUUGUUGUAAUCAUCGAGAUCGGGUUUCUGGGUCGCCUCGAUAACGCUGCUUUGGUCGGUACGUUGACGGAAUUUUUCACCAAGUCGCCUUCGGACUCACAAUCCACGACGAGUCCAUCCGAUUUGAAGGUUAGGUCGGGGACGGAGAGAUGCGAGGAGUGGUUAGAGAGAGAGGAUUCAGUGAGUUAUUCAAGGGAUUUCAGUAAAGAUCCCAUCUUCAUCUCCGGUGGGUCCAAGGACUUCAAAUCGUGUUCUGUUGAUUGUACAUUUGGAAGUAGUUCAGAUAAGAAACCCGAUGCAGCUUUUGGAUUACAUCAAAAAGCUGGAACACUCAGUAUAAGACGUUCCAUGGAAUCAGCAACGUACUACCAAGAUAAUGAUCUUGCUCGGGCACGACGGAAGGGUUAUGAUAUUGUGAUGACAACUAGUCUGUCGUCUGAUGUUCCCGUUGGGUAUUUUUCGUGGGCGGAAUAUGAUAUUAUGGCUCCAGUGCAACCAAAGACCGAGAAAGCUCUUGCUGCUGCUUUUAUUUCCAAUGGUGGUGCUCGGAAUUUCAGGUUGCAAGCUCUUGAAGCCUUGAUGGAAGCGGAUGUUAAGAUUGAUUCUUAUGGUAGUUGUCACCGGAACAGGGAUGGGAGAGUGGAGAAGGUUGAAGCUCUUAAGCGCUACAAAUUCAGUCUAGCUUUUGAGAACACCAACGAGGAGGAUUACGUCACCGAGAAGUUCUUCCAAUCUCUUGUCGCUGGAUCUGUCCCUGUGGUAGUUGGAGCUCCAAAUAUAGAAGAAUUUGCACCUUCUCCUGACUCGUUCCUUCACAUUAAGCAGAUGACUGAUGUUGAGCCAGUUGCAAAGAGAAUGAAAUACCUUGCAGAUAAUCCCGACGCCUAUAAUCAGACGCUAAGAUGGAAACAAGAAGGCCCUUCAGAUUCUUUCAAGGCACUUGUUGAUAUGGCUGCUGUACACUCUUCUUGUCGUCUCUGCAUUUUCGUGGCUACAAGGAUCCGAGAGCAAGAAGAGAAGAGUCCUGAGCUCAAAAAUCGACCCUGCAAAUGCACCAGAGGCUCAGAGACAGUCUAUCAUUUGUAUGUCAGAGAAAGAGGCCGGUUUGAUAUGGAAUCCAUCUUUUUGAAGGAUGGGAAUCUGACUCUGGAAGCUCUGAAAUCUGCGGUUCUCGCGAAGUUCAAGUCUUUGAGACAUGAACCGAUAUGGAAGAAGGAAAGACCCGCGAGCUUAAGAGGAGACAGUGCACUUAGAGUACACGGGAUAUACCCGCUUGGUCUGACUCAAAGACAAGCUCUUUACAACUUCAAGUUCGAAGGAAACUCAAGUCUCAGUACUCACAUACAGAGAAACCCUUGUGCUAAAUUUGAGGUUGUGUUCGUCUAA